AGUGACAGCCGGAGGCCCGGCGCCCGGCGCGGGGCUAGGUGACAGCCGAGGCGGCGGCGGCGGCGGGCGGGACACAGGGAGCGGCGGCGCCGACGGCAGCGGGAAGGGAAGGGCGUGCUGCCGGGAUUGGGCCUCUCUGGUGGCGCGGAGCCCCAGAAGCCCGGGAACGGGCGGCGCGCGCAGUGUGCGGGUCGGGCACCCGAACUUGGGAGAAGUUGCCGGAACCACGGGGCGCAGGCGGCGGACGGAUUGACCUUCAGAGCGAGGGAGCCGCCGGCCACCAUGGCAUCGCGUAUCGGGCUGCGUAUGCAGCUCAUGCGGGAGCAGGCGCAGCAGGAGGAGCAGCGUGAGCGGCAGCAGCAGGCGGCCAUGGUCCAGUUCCUGCAGCAGCAGCAGCUCGGGGCCUCCCCCUCGCCCGCCAUCAGCACCCCUGUGCCCUUCCAGGCGCCGCCACCUGUGCCCGGUGAGGUGCUCAAGGUGCAGUCCUAUCUGGAGAACCCCACCUCCUACCACCUGCAGCAGUCCCAGCAUCAGAAGGUGCGAGAGUACCUGUCCGAGACCUACGGGAACAAGUUCGCAGCCCGGAUCAGCCCGGCCCAGGGUUCCCCAAAGCCCCCGCCUGCCGCCUCCCCAGGGGUGCAUGCUGGGCAUGUGCUGUCCACCUCGGCUGGCAACAGUGCACCCAACAGCCCCAUGGCCAUGCUCCACAUAGGCUCCAACCCCGAGAAGGAGUUUGAUGACGUCAUCGACAACAUCAUGCGGCUGGACAACGUGCUGGGCUACAUGAACCCGGAGCUCCAGAUGCCCAACACGCUGCCCCUGUCCAGCAGCCACCUGAACGUGUACAGCAGCGACCCCCAGGUCACAGCCUCCCUGGUGGGGGUCACCAGCAGCUCCUGCCCCGCUGACCUGACCCAGAAGCAGGAGCUCACAGAUGCUGAGAGCCGGGCGCUGGCCAAGGAGCGGCAGAAGAAGGACAAUCACAACCUCAUUGAAAGGAGGCGGAGGUUCAACAUCAAUGACCGCAUCAAGGAGCUAGGAAUGCUGAUUCCCAAGGCCAACGACCUGGACGUGCGCUGGAACAAGGGCACCAUCCUCAAGGCGUCCGUGGACUACAUCCGGCGGAUGCAGAAAGACCUGCAGAAGUCUCGGGAGCUGGAGAGCCACUCGCGGCGCCUGGAGAUGACCAACAAGCAGCUCUGGCUGCGCAUCCAGGAGCUGGAGAUGCAGGCGCGGGUGCACGGUCUCCCCACCACCUCGCCGUCGGGCGUGAACAUGGCCGAGCUGGCCCAGCAGGUGGUGAAGCAGGAGCUGCCCGGCGAGGAGGCCCCUGGGGAGACGCUGAUGCUGGGGGCCGAGGUGCCCGAGCCCGAGCCACUGCCGUCGCUGCCUCCCCAGGCCCCGCUGCCCCCUCCCGCCGAGCCCCCGUCCCCGUUCCAUCACCUGGACUUUAGCCACAGCCUGAGCUUUGGGGACGGGGGUGAUGAGGGCCCCUCGGGCUACCCCGACCCCCUGGGGCCCGAGCAUGGCUUCCCCAACCUGUCCAAGAAGGAUCUGGACCUCAUGCUGCUCGACGACUCCCUGCUGCCGCUGGCCUCCGACCCCCUGUUCUCCACCAUGUCCCCCGAGGCCUCCAAGGCCAGCAGCCGCCGCAGCAGCUUCAGCAUGGAGGAGGGCGAUGUGCUGUGACCCCAGUGGCCCCGCACAUGGUGGGGGACGGGCCUUGUCCCUCCCUCCUUCCCUUCUUACCCGGCCGCACUCCUGUGUGAAGCAGCCGCUUGCCUGCCCACUGUGCCCCCGUGGCCCCUCUUUGGACUUCGUGCCCACCCGGCAGCCCAGGGGUCCGGACACAGCACCCCCAGGGGCAGCCCUGUCACUGGACUAGAGGGGUGGGGAGGAGAGACGGAGCGGCCUGGGUAGCAACAGCCCUGUCCCGGCCCUGGGUGCCAGGUGCUGGGCAGCAGGGAGGUUCGGGGGGCUUCUGUGUAGCGGCAUCUGCCGGGGCACUCAGGCUCACUUUCUGGGGCCUCCCUGGCCAUAAGCCAGCCCCCAGCCUGGUCACCCCGCAGGUGGGCACCUACCCGCCUUUGGUGCUAACAGCUCUCCCUAUGGGGUGAGGGUGGUGUGGCUGGAAGAGCGGGCUGGGUUCGGAGCUGAGUGGGAUCGCUGCCAGCAGAGCAGCUCCCCUCUCUCCGGACCCCCACUUUGUGCCUUUAGUAAACACUGUGCUUUGUA